UCCAGGGAGCCAGUGAGCGUGGGCUUCUGUGCCUACCCAGGAGUUUGGAGGUCAAGAAAGGGAAUGUUUGGACUGAAGCUGAAGAAGAAGAAGAAAAAUAAAGCAGAGAAGGGGUUAAUCCUUGCUAACAAGGGUGCACAAGAUGGUCAGAGUGAGUCUGAAGCACCACAGGAAGGACCUUCUGAGCAGGAAGGACCAGGAGGAGAUUUGACUUAUGACAAUGCUUCCAUCACUCCUGGACCUUCAGCUCCUCCAAAAAGAAGGGCAAAACUACUGACUAAGAUCCACGAUGGGGAGGUCAAAUCUCAAAACUAUCAAAUUGCCAUAGUCGUCACUGAGGCCCGUCAGCUUGUGGGCGAAAACAUUGACCCCGUUGUGACCAUUGAGAUCGGGGAUGAGAAGAAGCAAAGCACGGUGAAGGAAGGAACCAAUAGCCCAUUCUACAAUGAAUACUUUGUCUUUGACUUCAUUGGGCCCCAAGUACAUCUUUUUGAUAAGAUCAUCAAAAUCUCAGUCUUACAUCACAAGCUGAUAGGAAGCAUCCUGAUUGGCUCUUUCAGAGUAGAUGUGGGGACAGUGUACAACCAGCCUGGUCAUCAGUUCUGCGACAAGUGGGCACUGCUCACAGACCCUGGCGACAUCAGAACUGGUACAAAGGGCUACCUGAAGUGUGACAUCAGUGUGACCGGGAAAGGUGACAUCUUAAAGACCAACCCCAAAACCUUGGAUGCUGAGGAGCAAAUAGAAAAGAACCUCUUGAUCCCUCAAGGUUUUCCAUCAGAGAGACCUUGGGCCAGGUUCUAUGUGAGAUUUUACAGAGCAGAAGGGUUGCCCAAAAUGAACUCCAGCAUCAUGGCAAAUGUCACCAAAGCAUUUGUGGGUGACAGUAAGGACCUCGUGGAUCCCUUUGUGGAGGUGUCCUUCGCUGGGCAGACGGGGAGAACUUCAGUGCAAAAGAAUUGUGCCGAUCCUGUGUGGAAUGAACAGGUGGUCUUCAAGGAAAUGUUCCCUCCCUUGUGCCGGAGGGUGAAAAUCCAGGUGUGGGAUGAAGGCAGCAUGAAUGAUGUAGCAUUGGCAACCCACUUCAUUGACCUGAAGAAAAUCUCCAAUGAGCAGGAUGGAGAUAAAGGCUUUCUUCCCACCUUCGGACCUGCCUGGAUUAACCUGUAUGGCUCCCCCAGGAACCACAGUCUGAUGGAUGACUACCAGGAGAUGAAUGAGGGCUUUGGGGAAGGUGUGUCCUUCAGGGGCCGAAUCUUGGUGGAAAUUGCUGUGGAAAUCCUCUCGGGUGGGACCCAAGAAUCUAAAUUUUCCAAGGCUCUGAAGGAACUCAAGUUGUCUUCCAAGGACAAAGACUCCAAAUCAUCCAAAGGCUCAAGUAAAGACAAGUCUGACAAAGCUGAUGAUGGAAAACCCCAGCAGGCUUCUGACAAAACCAACUCCACAGAGGUGGAGGUGGAAUCCUUUGAUGUGCCCCCAGAGAUUAUACCAGAGAAAUAUGAGGAAUUUUUACUCUUUGGAGCCUUUUUUGAAGCUACCAUGAUUGACCGGAAGAUUGGAGAUAAACCCAUCAGCUUUGAAGUUUCUAUUGGUAACUUUGGGAACCUGAUUGAUGGAGGGUCCCAUCAUGGGAGUAAGAAGUCUGCCGAACUGACUGAAGAAGACGCCCUUCCUUUGCUGCAUGAAGGAGAAGGGGAUGUGGCCCAUGACAUUGCCAUUUCCAUGGCUUCCACCACAUGUCCAGAGAAGCCCCUGGUGACAGAAGGGAACAGGAAUUACAACUAUUUGCCCUUUGAGACCAAGAAGCCCUGUGUCUCCUUCCUCAGUUCCUGGGGAGACCAGACCUUCAGGCUGUACUGGUCCAACAUGUUGGAGAAAAUGGCUGACCUCCUGGAAGAAGGCAUAGAAGAAAUCAGAGAGUUGGUCAAGAUAUCAGAGGAAGCACCAGAAGAGAAGAUGAAGGCGGUGCUGUGUGACUUCAUCGGUCAAAGCAGUGCCUUAAUCUCUGAUGCAGAAAAGAAACCCAAGAUGUUGCACCAAACUGCUUUAGAUAAGAAACGACUUACACUCUGUUGGCAGGAGUUGGACGCAAUGGCUAAGGAGGCCAAAGGGAUCAUUCAGCAACAGAAGAAAAAGUUAUCUCUCGAUGAAAUGAUCCAUGAAGCCCAAAACUUUGUGGAGAAAAUUCGAUUCCUUGUGGAUGAGCCGCAGCACACGAUCCCAGAUGUCUUCAUUUGGAUGCUCAGCAACAACAAGAGAGUGGCGUAUGGUCGUAUCCCAGCCAAAGACCUGCUCUACGCCCCCAUCAGAGAGCAGAUGGGCAAGCACUGCGGGAAGAUCAAAACCCACUUUCUCAAGCUCCCUGGGAAACGGCCUGCUGGCUGGUCAGUACAGGCAAAAGUUGAUGUAUACCUGUGGCUGGGCUCCACCAGAUACUCCAGCACCAUUUUGGACAACUUGCCAGCAGGCUAUGAAGCAGAAAUGCCCUCCAAAAUGUCUGGUGCCUACCAUCCUCCAUCUACCCUGCUGUACCAAGCCCAGCAUGUCUUCCAGCUGAGAGCACACAUGUAUCAAGCCCGGGGCCUCAUCGCAGCUGACAGCAAUGGACUUUCAGACCCUUUUGCCAAAGUCACAUUCCUGUCCCAGUGCCAGACCACAAAGGUUAUUUCCCAGACUCUCUCCCCUACCUGGAACCAGAUGCUGCUGUUCAACGAAUUGGUUCUGCAUGGUGAGGAGAUGGAGUUGGUGGAGUCUCCACCCGUGGUGGUGGUGGAACUCUAUGACAGUGACGCAGUGGGGAAGCCAGAAUAUUUGGGUGCUACAGUAGCUGCUCCAGUUGUGACACUAGCUGACCAGGACUAUGAGCCCCCCAAGCUGUGCUAUCACCCCAUCUUCUGUGGGAAUAUCUCUGGAGGGGACCUCCUUGCUGUAUUUGAACUGCUGCAGAUCCCUUCUUCUGGGCCUCAAGGGCUCCCUCCCAUUGAUCCACCAGACAUCACACAGAUCUACCCUGUUCCUGCCAGCAUCCGGCCAGUACUGAGUAAAUACCGCGUGGAGGUUCUCUUCUGGGGAGUCCGAGAAAUGAAGAAGGUCCAGCUCCUCUCUGUGGAUCGGCCACAGGUUCUCAUCGAGUGUGGGGGACGAGGCGUGAAGUCUUGUGUGAUCCAGAGUUACAAGAACAACCCCAACUUCAGUGUGCAGGCAGAGGCCUUUGAAGUGGAACUGCCUGAGAAUGAGCUCCUGCACCCACCACUGAGCAUAUGUGUGGUAGACUGGAGAGCUUUCGGGAGGAGCACCCUCGUGGGUACCUACACUAUCAACUGCUUAAAGCAGUUUCUAUGUAAAUCCAGAGAGCCUCUUGCUCUAACUUCACAGAUGGAUGGAGCUCCAGCUGGGCCAGCUAUUUCAGAUUCCCUAAUAGCAACCGAGUCUUCUGGACUCCUCAGUCCUUCCCAAGAUCCCCAAGAAGAUCAUAUCUUCGUGGAUGUUGAGCCACCUCCCACAGUGGUACUUGACUCUGCCCAGGCCCAGACAGCCACCUUGGUUGACAUCCCUGACUCUUCUCCUAUGUUGGAGCCUGAACACAAAUCUGCAGCCCAGGAGCCACCGAAAGAUGGAAAAGUUAAGCCGGAUCCCAGAAAACCUUCCCGGAAAUCCACCAAAAGGAGAAAGAGGACCAUAGCAGAUGAAUCUGCUGAAAAUGUCAUCGACUGGUGGUCUAAGUAUUAUGCCUCCCUGAAGAAGGCUCAGAAGACAAAGGAGAGCAGCUCCAAGGAGAAGAAAGACACAGAAGCAAAGCCAGAUGAGGUCGUGUUAGAUAUAGAAGAUGGCCCCAAAAAGAAGAAAGACAGAAUGCUCAAGAGGAAACUCAAAGAUGAGGGGAAUGAUGAGAUCCCAAACCUGGCUGUCCUGAAGAUAUAUGAUGGUGAUCUUGAGAGUGAAUUCAACAAUUUUGAAGACUGGGUGAAGACCUUUGAGCUCUUCAGAGGCAAAUCUACAGAAGAUGAUCAUGGUCUAGAUGGAGACCGAGUCAUAGGAAAGUUUAAGGGUUCCUUCUGCAUCUACAAAAGCCCAGAGGAUUCUGCCUCAGAGGAUAGUGGGCAGUUGAGAAUCCAGCAAGGGAUUCCACCCAACCACCCCAUCCAAGUACUGAUCAGAGUAUACAUUGUUGCGGCAUUUAAUCUCAGCCCAGCCGAUCCAGAUGGCAAAUCAGAUCCCUACAUUGUGCUCAGACUUGGCAAAACUGAAAUCAAAGACCGGGACAAAUACAUUCCCAAACAGUUGAAUCCGGUGUUUGGAAGGUCAUUUGAGAUCCAGGCCACUUUCCCAAAGGAGUCCCUGCUCUCUGUCCUGAUCUAUGACCAUGACAUGAUCGGGACAGAUGACCUCAUCGGGGAGACUAAGAUCGACCUGGAGAACCGCUUCUACAGCAAACAUCGAGCCAUCUGUGGCUUGCAGAACCAGUAUGAAAUAGAAGGAUACAAUGCCUGGAGGGACACAUCCAAACCCACGGAAAUCCUCACCAAGCUCUGCAAAGACAACAAGCUGGAUGGACCAUACCUUCGCCCUGGGAAAAUACAGAUUGGAAACAAGGUCUUUUCUGGAAAAACAGUCUUCACUGAAGAGGACACUGAGGAGGCAGUGGAGUCUUAUGAACACCUGGCCCUCAAAGUUUUACACUCUUGGGAGGAUAUCCCUAAGGUUGGGUGUAGGCUGGUUCCUGAGCACAUAGAAACCCGACCACUGUACCACAAGGAUAAGCCUGGAAUGGAGCAGGGCCGCCUACAGAUGUGGGUGGACAUGUUUCCCAAGGAUAUGCCUCAGCCUGGACCUCCUGUUGACAUUUCACCAAGGAAACCCAAAGGGUAUGAGUUGAGGGUAACUAUCUGGAACACUGAAGAUGUCAUUUUAGAAGAUGAGAAUAUCUUCACAGGUCAAAAGUCAAGUGAUAUUUAUGUCAAAGGGUGGAUCAAGGGUUUGGAAGAUGACAAGCAGGAGACAGACGUGCAUUACAACUCUCUGACCGGAGAAGGAAACUUCAACUGGCGCUUCCUGUUUCCGUUCCAGUAUCUGCCAGCUGAGAAACAAAUGGUCGUCACCAAAAGGGAGAACAUCCUUUCCUUAGAGAAGAUGGAGUGUAAGACUCCAGCUGUGCUGGUGUUACAAGUUUGGGAUUUUGAAAGGCUAUCCUCAGAUGAUUUCCUGGGCUCCCUGGAAAUGAACCUCAACAGCUUCCCUCGAGCAGCCAAAUCGGCCAAAGCCUGUGAUCUGUCCAAGUUUGAAAAUGCAAGCGCACAGAGCAAGAUCUCUAUAUUCCAGCAAAAGCGUGUGCGUGGCUGGUGGCCUUUUGCUAAAAGCAAAGAGCUCACAGGCAAGGUGGAAGCUGAGUUCCACCUGGUCACAGCAGAAGAAGCUGAGAAAAAUCCUGUAGGGAAAGCACGAAAGGAGCCUGAGCCCUUGGCUAAGCCUAACCGCCCAGACACCUCCUUCUCGUGGUUUGUGAGCCCCUUCAAGUGUCUGUACCACCUCAUCUGGAAGAACUACAAGAAGUACAUCAUCAUCGCUUUCAUUCUGCUCAUCCUCAUCAUCUUCCUGGUCCUCUUCAUCUAUACCCUGCCAGGAGCCAUCAGUCGAAGGAUUGUUGUGGGCGGCUCAUAGUCUGGUCAUGAAGACCCAGACUUCAUUUUGCAAAUCCUCUCCUUUGUCUCAUAUGUGAACCUGUAAGAUUGUACUGUGAGGGACGGUGAUAAAUGCUAAAGAGAUACACUCAAAGGGCCCCAGACCAUCCUGUGUCUCAGGACAGAUCAACUUUUCUUGCGGGAGCUGGGACACUAACAUUCUCUCUCUACCCCAAUCCCUGCCACCAUCCUUUCAAGUUAUGUUUUUGCCCAUGUUUUGCUGAAACAACGAUUCUUUCACUCCAGCCUAAUCAACAGUGACCUCAAAUUGACCUCAGUGAGAAUUUACUUCAUGUAAUUGGUUCUAUUCAGAGAGAUUAAACUCUAGGUCUGAGAUUUUAUUAGAAGCACUUUAUUUCAAAUAAAAUUUGAUAGCAAAUAGACUGAAAGUAUUUAGCAGAUUACUAGAUAUUUAAUGUGUCCCAAGUAUCAUCACCUGGUUUAACCUUCACAGUUUUAGGACAGAUUAACUUACUCAGGCCAUCAAACUAGCUUGGAGAAAACAUGUAUAAAUCAUCUAAAAUACCUCACUGUUGAAACUCCCAUGAACGGACAAAAUGCUGCUGCGUUUUCAUCAUCAAAAUCAACCGAACAUGGUCAUUAGUGAUUAUCAGCUUUUGAGGAAAUUCACUUUGAUUUGUUCUAUGGUAAUUUCUAAGUAGGAUUUUUAUGAUUUGUGGUAAGAUGUAUGAGCUCUAAUUAUGUGUAUGGGGGGGAUCAGAGGGACCCCCUGCCUCCAAUAGGAACUCUCUUUUGCAAGAUACACACCCCACACACCAAGUGCUGUGUUUCCAUAGGCCAUCACUACCAUUGUUAAGCCCUUACCCAAGCAGUACAUGCACCUGGUUCUAUUAUGAGUCUCAAAGUCUUUCAAACAAUAUCUCAUGCACUUGGAAAAGAGGGUCAGUAUUUACUGAGAGGAAAAUGCUGAUCUUCUUAACAUGGCCCCUGUAUUAUAUCCUGUGUACAGUAGGGAGUUGCAGGACUGGUGUUCUCAGAUAUAGUAAGGCAACAAAAGAAUCAGAAUGUUUGGCCUCAAUCCCCUUGGAGGAUUUUUAGCUUCAUACACAAAUAUAUGUAGACCCUUUCUGCUUCCUAGUUCCAAAGACUGUUUUGUGCGGUAUUGGGGAAACUAGGUUGGGGUUCCCCUCUAACACCAGAAAUACUGGGGCUAUUCUUUUGUUUUAUUUUGCCUUUUGGAAGGGGGAUGGAGUCUCUACAGUCCAGGCUAAUCUCAGACAUCCUAUGUAACCAAGAAUGCUUUAAAUUCCUGAUCCUCCUGCUUCUACCUCCCAAGUGUUGGUAUCACAGGCAUAUCUCACCAUGCCUGGCUUCUU